UCAUCACCACUUAGCAAUAAAGAAAUAGAGGCUCAGAAGACAAGAAAAAAGGAAAAAAUAAUAAACGGUGUAAUUCUACAAUAAUUGUGAAUAUUUUGAAUUUUCAGAUCUGGAUUCUUAAAAGUAAGCCUGCUUCUGUGAGAUGAGAACAGGCUUCCUGGGACCAAAAAUUCAUUCACAGUGGAGAAGACCCAGCUAAGACCACCCCACACCUUUGGGGGAGAAGCAGAAGAGACCUAGAACACAACACGUCUCACAUUUGCUAGUCAUCUUGUGCAGGCAACAGAAAAUGACCACAUUACAAGAAUCGUUCUCAUUUGAAGAUUUAUCUGUGGACUUUACCCAAAAGGAGUGGCAGCUCCUGGAGCCACACCAGAAGAACUUGUACAGGGAUGUCAUGUUGGAGAACUACAGCAGCCUUGUGUCGCUGGGAUAUACAGUCAUGAAACCAGAUGUCAUCUUCAAGUUGGAGCAAGGCGAAGAACCCUGGGCCGGAGAUGAAGUUCAGCAUGCAGAAGUCUGGCAAGUACAUGAUCCUAUAACGUGGCAACAGAACAACCAAGACCAACCUAGAAGUUUGAGAAGAUGUCAUGAGUGGGAUGUGUUUGGAAAAAAUUUCUCUGUCAGCAUGGAUUUUGUUCCUUUAAGUAAGUCAAACAAUGAAGAUGACUUAGAUGGAUUGAUUAUGGAACAUAAUUUAGAUUUGCUAAUCCCAGAAGCAAACUGUGAAAGAAGAGACUCAGAUGGCUUUAAUGUAUUUGAUCAAUUAUUUCUUAAUACCAAGCCUCAGGAAGUUGAUACUUGGUUAAAAUACUAUCAGUGUGAUAAGUGUGAUAGUAUUAACUAUAAAAAGUCCCAGAUUGUCAUUUAUCACAGGACUCGUCUAGGGGAAAAACUCUAUGAAUGCAGUGAAUGUAGAAAGCGCUUCAGCAAGAAAUCCAGCCUCAUUAAACAUCAGAGCAGACACAUCAGAGAAAUCGCUUAUGGCUGUGGUAAAUGUGGGAAAACCUUUCCCCAGAAGUCACAGUUCAUCACGCACCAUAGAACUCAUACUGGAGAGAAACCUUUUGACUGUGGCCAGUGUGGAAAAGCCUUCUCUCAAAAGUCACAGCUCACAUCCCAUCAGAGGACACACACAGGAGAGAAGCCCUAUGAGUGUGGUAAGUGUGGCAAAGCCUUUUCCCGGAAGUCACAUCUCAUAUCACAUUGGAGGACACACACCGGAGAGAAGCCCUAUGGAUGCACUGAGUGCGGGAGGGCCUUCAGUGAAAAGUCAAAUCUCAUUAAUCAUCAGAGAAUUCAUACAGGAGAAAAACCAUUUGGGUGCAGGGAAUGUGGUAGGGCUUUUAGCAGGAAGUCACAGCUUGUAACACAUCAUAGGACUCACACAGGAACAAAGCCCUAUGGGUGUAGUGAUUGCAGAAAAGCCUUCUUUGAGAAAUCAGAACUCAUUAGACAUCAGACAAUUCACACUGGAGAGAAACCAUAUGAAUGCAGGGAAUGUGGGAAAGCUUUCAGAGAGAGGUCAAGCCUCAUCAAUCAUCAGAGAACCCACACGGGAGAAAAGCCUCAUGGAUGUCUGCAGUGUGGAAAGGCCUUCUCCCAGAAGUCACAUCUCAUAUCGCAUCAGAUGACACACACAGGAGAGAAGCCCUUUGUGUGCAGUAAAUGUGGAAAGGCCUUCAGCAGAAAGUCCCAGCUUGUUAGACAUCAGAGAACUCACACAGGGGAGAAACCCUAUGAGUGCAGUGAAUGUGGGAAAGCUUUCAGUGAAAAGUUAAGCCUCACUAAUCAUCUGAGGAUUCAUACAGGAGAAAAGCCCUACAUGUGCAGUGAAUGUGGAAAAGCCUUUUGUCAGAAGUCACAUCUCAUAUCACAUCAGAGGACACACACAGGUGAGAAACCCUAUGAAUGCACUGAAUGUGGGAAGGCCUUUGGUGAGAAGUCAAGUCUUGCAACUCAUCAGAGGACUCACACAGGAGAAAAACCUUACGGAUGUAGGGACUGUGACAAAGCCUUUUCCCAGAAGUCACAGUUAAACACUCACCAAAGAAUUCACACUGGAGAGAAACCCUAUGAAUGUAGUCUUUGUAGAAAAGCCUUCUUUGAGAAGUCGGAGCUAAUUAGACAUCAGAGAACUCAUACUGGAGAAAAACCUUAUGAAUGCAGUGAGUGUAAAAAAACCUUCAGAGAGAAAUCAAGUCUUAUUAAUCAUCGAAGAAUACACACGGGAGAGAAACCCUUCAAAUGCAGGGAAUGUGGCAAAGCCUUCUCUCGGAAGUCACACCUCAUUCCACAUCAGAGGACACACACAGGUGAGAGGCCUUAUAGCUGCAAUGAGUGUAGGAAAGCCUUUUCUCAGAAGUCACAACUUGUGAAUCAUCAGCGGAUUCACACAGGAGAGAAACCUUAUCAAUGCAAUGAGUGUGGGAGAGCUUUCUCCCAGAAGUCACAGCUUAUUAACCACCAGAGAACUCACACAGGACCAAGGCCCUAGGAGGACACAAGUCAACCUAAGAGAUGCACACAUUUGCUUUAGGAAAUGCAGUAUGGUAAAUCUUGUCAUAAUGGUCACAUCCCAUUGUAUGUCAGACUGUCAGUUAAGGUUUUGUAUGUGAAGUUAUGAAGGGGAGAUUUCAGCAGGCAAGCACUCUCCUAUCUGCACUCAUGGAGAAGAGGGAGCCUGUGAGUGCAGUGAGUCUCAGGAACCUUCCAAAGCAGUUGAGCUUUAUUUCAUUGACUGACCAAGGAGGAAUCCUGUGUCAGAAAUCAUUCUAGAAGUUAGUCUCAUUAGCUAUUAGAAAUGUUUCACUGCCUUACUUGUGUGCUGUAAAUUUAUCAAGAAAUGACAUUUCAUUGUACUUAAGAAAAUGACCUUAGGAAUGAAAUUAUAUGAAAAAGUAUAAAGAAAGUCUUCAUCAAGUUAAUUAACUGCAUUGUAUUUUAGAAAAUUCAUAUUACAGGUAAACCUAACUAACAUAUUGGAAAGACAGUGUCUAUACAAAUAAUGUUAUGAAGGGAAGCCAUACCAGUUUGCUGUUAUUUGUUCUUUUUGAAGUGAGGU